UCCCAUGCAUUGUGUAGAUCUAGGAGUGAAUAAGCGAAUGUUGAUGCUGUGGAAAGAAGGACCUUUGGCCCAUAGAUUAUCAGCUGGACAUCUUAGCACCAUUACUUAUUUUCAUCAAGCUGUCCGACAUCACAUACCUCCUGAAUUCAAUAGGAAACCCAGGGGGUUAGAUGAACUGAAGCACUGGAAAGCAACUGAAUUCCAAACAUUUUUGCUUUAUACUGGACCAGUGAUUUUGAAAUAUGUUCUCGAUAAGGAGAAGUAUAUUCACUUCCUUUCACUUAGUAUUGGAAUGCGCAUCUUGUACAGUGAAAACCUAAUGGAGCAUCGUGAUUAUGCAGAUGCAUGUUAUCCUGAUUUUGAUCCAAAGACUAUGAAUAAUGUGUGUGUGUGUGUGUGUGUGUGUGUGUGUGUGUGUGUGUGUGUGUGUGUAUGUGCAUGUGCGUGUGCGUGCAUCUUUCAGUAUCGAAUUUGUUUAUUCGGUGUGGACAGACAUCUGUUGUACCAAUCAGUUGGAUUUUUGAUGACAAUGGAACAUUGAAGUGUCGAUGGACAUCAUCACUCUCAAACAUUAAAAACAAUUCUCCACCAAACCCUAACUGGAAGGUUUAUGACAUUGUGAAGAUCGUUGGACCAUCAAUUGACCCUGCAGUUGUGGAAUUACCUGAGAAGAGAAAAAGGAAAAAUAAGCUCUGUGAUGAAAGUGACAUCAAUUCAGAGACAUCUUCCUGUGAAGAUUAUAUGAACUUGAAGCAGUCAGGAAAUGAAGUGAAGCAAUCUGGUCUGAAGUCAAGAAAUGUCCCACUGCCCAAACCUCCUAUAUACCAUGAUACUCUUCAGAGAAGUGGGAAAAAAGAUUAGGAAGAUCCCAAGCCAACAAGCUCUGAUGUCUCAGAAUUUCAUGAUCUUCAACAACAUCACAUGACUUAUAAAGAAAUUACAGUGCAAACCAGGAUACCAGAUGAUGUGCAUUUAAAGAAGUCAAGAAAUGCAAUGAAGCGAGUUGGUCUGAAGACAAAGAAUGUUCAGCUGGCCAAAACUCCCAGAUACCAUGUAGUCAAGAGUCCACUUAUUCAGAAAGCUCUGUGUGUCAAAACAUCUGGUGACUGUCUGGAUGAUAACAAUGAAAGCCCUGAUGACAGUUAUUUAAACUCAAGCCAGCCCAACCCAGUAUUCUUAGAUACUCUUCAGGGAAAUGUGGCAAUGCAUGAGGAUGAUCAUCCCAAAAGCUCUGCUUCUUCAGGGAAGGAACCAAAGGAAACAAAAUGCAAAGUCACCAUGGAGAAAUUGUUUGAUCUGAAUACUAAGAUACUCCAACAAAUUCAAAUGCUGGAACAGAGACAAGCUGUCAUCAUGAAUGACUUGGCAAAAGUUAAGUCUGUUCUCAUGAAGCGGGCAGAAGAAGAUGCCCAUGAGGAACUUUUUAAACAACAACAGUACUCCAGCUUUGAAACGUUUGAAGCCUUCUGUCAGAGGCUUGAAGAAGACAAAAAUUAUCGAGAGCUUUAUGUACACUAUCUCAUCCAUACUCACGGCAGCUCCAAUAUAGGUGAGAUGGUGAGACAGGCUUUAAAAAGCAUAGCAUCAGACAAUGUUCUCUAUAACAGAACGGGGAAAGAUGGGAAGAAGGUGUUGCCACCUGUGCUCCUGACAUGUUUGAAAAAAUGUGUCAGGUCUUUUCACAAACAAAAUGAAAUAGAGGUGAAGAAGCUAAAAGUAACCACCAGAACAACACCAGACGCGGAAUGUAUUCGCCAAGUAGAAUUUUUUUUGUCCAACGCCAACACCAGGCUGAAAAGGAAACCAAAUAAAGGAAAAAGCUGACUUUAUGUUUGAUUGUUUUUAUUGAUGGAAAUAAAGAAUGUGGGUGUAAAAGUUUGAGUUAACUGAAUCAUUUUAGAUAACAGUGAACUAACACAAUUAUUGCAUAGUGGUGUUAUAUGGUGAUCUCACAGUAUGAGCACACAGUGAGUGCGCAGU